GGACAAGCGGCGUCCGGUGCAGAGCGGGCUGGUCAGGCGGCUGGGGGUGGCGGGCUGCCCGGGGGACCGCCAUGGUGAGCCGCAAGGACAGCGUGUCGCGAACGGACCGGGCCAUGGUCGAGCACGUCAGGAGGCUUGUGUUUGAGGCCGACUCGGAGCACGAGCAGCAGACGCCGUCGGGCAGCGCGGGCUCGCAGGACCUGCAGCCGCCGUGCGAGGUGGUGGACGACGAGGCCGAGGUGAGCGAGCCCAGUCGCCGUCGAGCGCCACAGCGGCGCGAGUCCACCAAGCUGCAGUCGGCCACCAAGUUCCUGCGCUCGCUGCGCGCCGGCCGCGCCGAGCCGGCGGCCGAGGGCCCGCCGCCCGACCGCACGAGCCCUCACUACCACAGCGAGGGCAAGGCGGGCCGGCGGCGCGCCAAGCAGGCCAAGGCGCGCGGCGAGCCGACCGAACGCUCGCAAAGCUUCCACGACCACGUCGGCAAGCGACCGCCACCGGCAGGCGAAGGAGCGCGCCGCCGCGACAGCCUGGACAGCGACGUGACGCUGGCAGAGCUCGGUCGUGACCCAGAACCAACCGACGGCGUCUACGAGAACGUGGCGGCGGCCGGCGCGGCCGACGAGCCGCCGCGUUCCCUGCAGCGCGACCGCGAGCGCCGCUCAGCGCGCAAGCUCACCAAGGACUCUGGCUACGAGACGUCGCCCUACUCGGAGGCCGAUUACACGUCACUGUCGUUGCACAGUGGAAGCGCCGAGACGCUGACGACCGAGCGGCGGCCGGCGCUGCAGCAGUACCUCACCGAGGAGUACCUGAUCGGCGUCGACACCAGCCGCCGGCCGGCCGCCAAGCCGGCGCGGCGCGCCAGCGUCUCGGAGGGCUCCGAGCUCGGAUCAGUCCAUUCGGGCAGCACGCUGGUGGCCGAUCGGGCCGAGGACAGCCGCAGCUCCAGCAGCAGCAGCGGUCGGGUGCGGUCGCCGGCAGCGGGUGAGCAGCCGGCGCCCUCGGCGAGCCGCGGCGCCUCGGAGCUGCCACUCACGUACUCACAGUCGACGCCUUCGCUGACGCAGCAUGCGGUGACGCCUGCCGGCAUGGUGUACAACUACGCAGCUGGCACGGCGUCGGCCAUGUGGGACGAGGAGCGCGAGCGGCAGGCGUACGCCAAUCACCUGCGCUCGUCCUCGUACCAGCUGCACUCGCGCCAGCGGACGGCGCUGGCCGGCGGCUCGGACCAGACGCUGACGCUGCACGGCCGCCAGGGGUCCUCCCUCUCCGGCCACUCGGACGAGGACGGCCGCUCGCACGCCUCCUACCAGGGUCUGUUCUACGGCAAGGAGGCGGCCCGCGGCCCGGCCGACGCCCGCGCCGUUGGCUACGGAGCCGCGGUCGAGUUCCGGCCAGCGUCGUCGCACGACUCGCUGCCGGCCGAGCCGCCGCCGCCGCCGCCGCCGCCCCCUCCGCCGCCGCCGCCGCCGCUGCCUGCCUCGUCGGACGCGGCGUCCGACACUGCCAGCCUGCCCGACGGCGAGUCGCUCACGUACGACCUGGAAGACAUUGACCGUGCGCUGGCGACGGACGUACCCGAGCGUGACCCGGCCAGCCUGACGCACAUCCGCUACGGGGCCGGCCACGAGAAGUAUCCGUCGUGGCCGGUGCCGGCGGCAGCCGAGCCCGACUCGGGCCCGCUCUCCGGCGGCAGCUACCGGUCCAAGUCGUGGACAGACCACACCGAGUACCCGUCGGACCGUGCCGCCGCCGCCGGCUAUACGCGGCCGCUGCCCAAGAAGUCGCUGAGCGCCACGUUCCAGCAGCAGCUGAACACGGUGAUGGAGAAGUGCGAGCGGAUUGGUCCCGAGUCGUUCCUGGCGCCGGACGUGCGCGAGAAGUCCGAGUCGCCGCGCGACGACAAGUUUCCAGUGAUCGACCGAGACGGCCGCGAGCCGGGUGACAAGGACUACACGGUGCCGAGUCCGCCGGAGCGCGACUACGACGACAAGUUCCGUCGGCAGGAGGCGUUUCCAGAGGAUCUGGGACCACGCAGUCUGUGCACACCAUUCCUGGACCAGCUGCGCCGCGACAUCGUGAUGUCGCCCGUGGAGGACGGCGACGCGGCCGAGCCGGCGUGGAGCGGCGAGCGCGCCGAAGCCGAGGGCCAGCCGCGUAGCGGCCGCGACAGUGUCGCCACCGUUGUCACUUACAGCAGCAGCAACAGCUCUGGCGAAACGAUGCGGCUGUACGGAUCGUUCAGCGACAUCAGCGUGGUGAGCUCGGCCACCAGCCGCUCCGAUCCUCAGCCGGAUGCCCAGAUCGCGCACAGCUCGCGCGUCAGGCCGCCGCAGCGCCUGCUCCCGGAGAACGUGCCAACUGCCGCCCGCCACCGGCCCGAGUUCAAGCUGGCCAAGAGCAUGGACGAGACGAUGCUGGCGGGGCGCGAGCAGGACACGGUGGACGCGCGCGGCUCGCCUAAGUCAUCCCGCUCGCCCGCCAUCGACUACAGCAAGCCACCGUCCGUCACCGACCGCAUCAAGGCUCUGGAGAGUCAGUCGCGCGAGUCGCGCCGCGACCUCCACUCCAAGUCGGUACCGAAUCUGCUGGCCGACAAGUGGUCGUGGCGCGGCGCGCGUCCCGAGGCCGACGCGUCGCCGCCGUCUGCCGGCGAUGAGGGCACCGGGGCGGCGGUGCGCGCGGGCCGCGGCCAGGAGCAGGCGGCAGCGGCGGCGGAGCGAGCGCGGCCGCGCUCGUCAGCUCGUUCCGCCAGCUCUGAGCGGUAUCGCGGCCCGCUGCCGGCCGAGGCCGAGCCGCGCCGCCGGCCUGGCCACCACCCGACCGCGCUCAAGGCCAUCCAGAAGCAGGCCGUCAUGUCCUACUACGAGCGACAGAUGAGCCGGGCGGCCGCGCCGCAGCCGCCGGCCGACCCCAAGGUGCCCGAGAAGCAUGAGCGCGGCUACCGGGCCGGACCCACGCUGUGGCGCGUGCCGGAGGCGCUGCAGCCGGACUCUGCGACACGCACCGGGGCCGAGGCAGCGCCGCGCCCCACCCGCCGCUCGCACACCAGCAGCCGGGCCGUGCAGGCAGAGGAGGAGCCGGUGUACGAGUACUGGGAGGGACCACCACUCGUGCAGGUACAGAUCACGGAGCUACCCAGUGCCGACACCGCCUGCAGCCUACCGGCCGGACCGACUGCAGACGUCGAAUCUAACAGCAUUCGGGCAUCAACCAAAGCGAGUCAACACGUGCGGUCGAGCUCGCGGGACGACCUGCCGCCGGAGCGGCCGCCCAAGAAGCCGCACCUGCGCGCGCUCAGCAGCGGAGCGGCGCCGCAGGUGGCGGCGCCGUCUCACCAGCUGCUGGUGCCGACGCCGGACGAGUUCGCGCCAGCGCCCAGCCGCCCUCCCAAGAGCCCAUGCAUCCGGAAGCCGGCGAUGCCAGAGCCGGCCCGCUGCCAGUCUCCCGAGCUGCCGCCGCCACCGCCGCCGCCGCAGGCCGACGAGACGCUGAGCAUCAGCGAUGAGCCGCUGCCGCCACCGCCGCCCAUGCUGGAGCCGCUGCCGCUGCCGCCAGGCGGCAGCACCAGACCGGCGGCAGCUGCGCAGAGGGCGGCACCGCUCUCUCCGACCGCCGGCCAACAGGGGUCGGGGACCGGGGCCGCGGGGGCGGCGCGCGGACCCGCUGGCGCCGUCGCCUCCGCCACCGCGCCCGACGGUAGCCGACACAGCCGCCAGUGUGUGCGUGUGUGCCCGAUGGAGGGGGUCCGGGUGCCUCUGGCGAUCGGCACGCCCCCGAGGCGACGGCGCCGCAUGACGAUGGACAAGAUCAAGAUGAUGGUGCUGCAGACCUACCACAAGGACUCGUACAUGGCGCACCGGCGCGACUGGAAGUUCGGCUACGAGGGCCGCUACCGGCGCACCAUGUCGCCCUCGCCGCCAGCGCAGCGGGCUGAGCCGGCCUCGCCGCCGCCGGCCGUGGGGCGCAGUGUGUCGUACGCGGCGCCGCGCGGCGAGUUGGCCGCCUCACCUCGGCUGAAGACCUCCGCCAGCGUCGGCCGGCUGGCUGACGGCGCCGGCAAAGUUGCGCGCCAACCCAGCACCACGGUGGUGUUCACCGAGGCGGAACUGCGCGCCUUCCGCGCGCGCGAGCAGCGCGCCAAAGAGCUGCUGACCGACGGCGCCGAGGAGGACAAGGAGAACGUGCGCGAGCAGAACGGCGCCGUGGUGGAGCCGGUGUCGCACCCGCGCCGCCAGUACAGCCUAGAGCUGCUGAGUCGGCCAGCCGCCGCGUCUGGCAACGACCAGGACACGGCCUCGCCCCCGUCUGCCGUAUAUCGGUCACCGAUCGCUGAGGCCAGGAACGAGCGCUUCGCGGCAUACAAGAAGUACAGCGACAUCAAGCCAAACUGUAGUCCUGUGGUGACGACGCCGACGGACUCGAGUGGCGUCCUAGCGCCGGCACCGACGCUGCCGGUGGCGGCGGCGGCGGCGCCUGAUAGCGCCGAGCUGGCGCCGGUGCCGGCGCGGCCACCAGCCAGUGACGUGGAACGGGUGAGCAGGGACGCGACGCCGACCGCCGAGACGACGCCGCCGCCGCCGCCACCGCCGCCGCUGCCACCGGUGGCCUCCCCGCCGGCCUCUCCUCCGGGCUCCCCACCGGCUUCCCCACCGUCUUCCCCGCCGGCCUCCCCUCCGGCUUCUCCUCCGGCCUCCCCUCCGGCCUCUCCGCCCAGUCGGCCACAGAUCGGUCGACGCAAGCUGCCUGAGGAGCUCGAGUGUGAGCGGCUGUCCCGCGUCUUCGUGACGCACGCCGCCGUAGACAACAAGCUGCAAAACCUGCUCGUGCCGGGCCCAGAGCAUCGGACCAGCGCCCACUACAUCCAGGGACUGUUUGACCUUCAGCUGACCCAGCCGGGGUCACGGAAGGCCAGUCAUACCAGUCUCUCCAGCGCAGCCCCGGCCCUCUCGCCCUCCGCGUCGCCGGACAAAUCGUCUGCUGAGACGUCUCCGCUGCGACCGGACUCGGCCUACUUCACCACGUCCGCCUCCAAGGCCAAGUUCCUGACCCAAUACGGCCGUGACGUGUCUGCCGACCAGAGCCUCAAGAACGUCAGAAAUGUGGAGGAGGUCAAGCGACAGCAGGAGGAGCUGGCGUCGCGAAUCGCGCGCAAGCUGGAGAUUCUGCGCGCCGAGCAGCAGGCGGUGCGCCAGGAGAUCGAGACGAACGUGGCGUUGGGUGAGGCGGUGACGGCGCGCGUGGGGCAGCUGGCGCUGCCCAGCGAGGCUGACAAGUACAGCACAUACGUGGAGCAGAUCGGCACCAUCACCAGCCUGCUACUGGGCCUCAGUGGCCGGCUGGCGCGCGCCGAGAACGCGCUCGUCUCGCCCGGACUGCAGGACGUCGACGAACGGGCGAACCUGAUCAGCAAGCGAGACAAGCUGAGCGAGCAGCUGGAGGAGGCGCGUAAGCUGAAGCUGAAUAUUGACCGGCGGAGUCAGCAAGUGAACAUGUUCCUGCAGCACUGCCUCAGCUCGGACGAGUACGCCGACUAUCAGCACUUCAUUCAGAUGAAGGCCAAGUUGAUCAUGGACUCGCGCGAGAUCGACGACAAGCUACGGCUGGGCGAAGAGCAGCUGGCCGCGCUCACCCAGUCGUCGAGCUGCACGUGACUAGCGGUGGCGCCGCCCUCUGGCACGAAGGCAGAGCCACCUAUUGAGUGAUAUCAUUGCUGCUGCUGCGCGAGGAAGCCGGCAGACGUCGUGCUGUGUGAUAUCUGACAUUGUCCCUUGGACUGCCAUACAGACGCCUGGCACCUAGUAACGGGACGACACUAUUUAAAUGUGAAUUCAUACCCUAGUGAGGCAUUUUUCAACAGAGACCUUUUUAUUCGUGCGUGACUUGUCCUGGGCGUUUUACUCUGCAUCGGUAUUCUUCCCAGGCGUCGGGGUAGUGUGAGCCGUGUCUCAAAUUGAGGAGGCCCCGGCGAAAACCGUCCCUACUGCUGUGUAUUUGCAAUAUCUCUGCCGUUCGAAAGCCUUGCAAAGUAAGAAUAUCAUUGUGAUGUAAAUACCAGGAGAAAGGACUCGACGACGCUAGCGAUCGGGUUUCGCGCUGGGAACUUCUCCUGUCGCCUGCACCGCAUAUAAGAAGGAUAUGUGCCAGAAUUUACUGUUGUUAUACCUAGCAUAGGUCAAUGAGCUUUCGAAUCAUCUCGUGUAAUGUUCGCCUUAUCUGGGGCUGGGUAGAGUGUGCCACCUUGCGCGAUCGGUGGGCUUCAGUUCCCAAUGAUCAGAAUAUCAGUAUAUUGUACCAUGUGUAAACUUGUUAAUAAACUAUUGCCAUGCAUAUUUGCGUGUAGAAACAAUCGAAGCGUCUUUACAAUAAGUCGGGAGAAAGAAGUGUGCCAUGGAAUGUUUUAAAUGCAGAGGAUUGCGAGAGUCCACAAAACCAUUGU